AUGCUCCACGGACAGCACCUACCGUGGCGGGCAGCUCUUCGCCAGGCCUCACGCUCGACAUCGAGGGUCGGUCCUUCCCGCGCAUCCUCGCCCUAUCUCCCCGCUCAAUGCACAGCAUCCUUUGCUCGAUGCUCGCGCAGAUACACCUCGCCUCCUGCCGCAUUACUUUCGUCGCGCAGCUUCUCGACAUCGAUACGUAGACCGAAGGAGCAGAGGCCGAAAACACAUCCCGAGACACAGGAGGAGACCAAAGAACAGAACGAAGAGGAGCAGAACAAGCAGUCCAAAGUGCAGGAGGAAUCUGAGGAUGUAGAAGCAAAAAGUAAGACACCCGAUCCGAUUCCAACGGCAAGCGAUGCGAAGGGAACCUCAGCAGGAGACAAUGCCUCAGGCUCAGGAAGCGAAGGGGGUGGCAAGAAGCGCAAGCAACCCGAGCGGUCUCUCGUGAAGCCCUCAAUACCGGAAGUUUACCCGCAGGUCAUGGCCAUACCCAUCGCAAAACGACCUUUGUUCCCAGGCUUCUACAAGGCCAUCACCAUACGAAAUAAGGAGGUUGGACAGGCCAUCGCCGAGAUGGUGAAGCGUGGGCAGCCAUACAUUGGUGCCUUCCUGUUGAAGGAUGAUGAAAUGGAUAAGGACGUUAUCGAUGACCCGAGCGAGGUGUACGAUGUCGGCACAUUUUGCCAGGUUACCAGCGCUUUUCCCAUCGGUCCGGACGACAAUUUUGCCAUGACGUGCGUGCUAUACCCGCACCGCAGAAUAAAGAUGACGGACCUCAAGCCGCCAAGUGCGAAUAAGCCACAGGAAGGCUCGGCAGAGCGGGCUUCGGUCGUUGAGAACACACUAGGAGAGGCGGCAGUGAAGGAGCCGGAUGGCGAGCAAUCAAAGGGCGAUGUGGUAGCAAGCUUUGAGGAGAACAGCGCGGACGCUGCGAAAGUGUCCCACCAGUAUGAGGCUACAUCAUUCCUAAAGGGCAAGGAUGUCAGUAUCGCGAAUGUCGAAAACCUUGUUGAAGAGCCAUUCGACAUCAAGAACAACAAGGUCAUUCCAGCGCUCGUCAGCGAGAUCGUGAACACUUUCAAAGCCGUCGCGCUUCUCAACCCGUUAUUCCGCGACCACAUCUCCACGUUCUCCGUGCAGACCACGAUGAAUGUGGGCGAGGAUCCCGUCAAGUUGGCCGAUUUCGCCGCUGCCGUGGCACAGGCAGACUCUCAUGAGCUGCAGGAGGCUCUAGAGGAGAUGAAUGUGGAACAGCGAUUGAGCAAGGCCCUGAUUGUGCUUAAGAAGGAGCUCAUGAAUGCUGAGCUGCAAUCGAAGAUUGUCAAGGAUGUAGAAAAUAAGAUCACCAAAAAGCAGCGCGAAUACUGGCUCAUGGAGCAAAUGAAGGGGAUCAAGCGCGAGCUGGGUAUCGAGUCUGACGGGAAGGACAAGCUUAUCGAGAAAUUCAACGACAAGGCCAGCAAGCUGGCCAUGCCUGAAGCAGUCAAGAAGGUCUUCGACGAAGAAAUCAGCAAGCUUGGUCACCUCGAACCUGCGGCUUCUGAAUUCAAUGUUACCCGAAACUACCUCGACUGGCUCACACAACUUCCGUGGGGCCAAAGGAGCGCGGAAAACUUUGGCAUCAAGCACGCCCGAGAGGUACUUGAUGAGGAUCACUACGGUCUCAAGGAUGUCAAGGACCGCAUCCUAGAAUUCAUCGCUGUCGGCAAGCUUCGUGGUACAGUGGAGGGAAAGAUCUUGUGCUUGGUCGGACCUCCCGGUGUUGGUAAAACUUCAAUCGGAAAGUCCGUUGCGCGCGCACUGAACAGACAAUACUACCGCUUCAGUGUUGGUGGCUUGUCGGAUGUAGCUGAGAUAAAGGGACACCGAAGGACGUACGUCGGCGCACUACCUGGACGUAUCAUCCAAGCACUCAAGAAGUGUCAGACCGAGAACCCGUUGAUCUUGAUCGAUGAAGUCGACAAGAUUGGCCGCGGUCACAACGGGGACCCCUCGUCGGCACUGCUUGAGCUUCUUGAUCCUGAGCAGAACAACAGCUUCUUAGACCACUAUCUCGAUGUUCCUGUCGAUCUGUCAAAGGUACUCUUUGUAUGCACGGCAAACAUGACAGACACCAUUCCCCGCCCAUUGCUCGACCGCAUGGAAAUGAUUGAAUUGUCCGGAUACGUUGCGGACGAGAAGAUUGCUAUCGCUGAACGCUAUCUUGCGCCGCAGGCUAAGGAGGUCAACGGUCUCAAGGAAGCCGACGUAAAUCUGGAGAAGGAGGCCAUUGUCGAGUUGAUAAACAAGUACUGCCGCGAAUCCGGUGUCCGAAAUCUCAAGAAACAGAUCGAAAAGGUCUACAGGAAGUCAGCUCUGAAGAUCGUGACUGAUCUUGGCGAAGAGGUUUUCCCAGAAUCCGAAGCGCUUACCGAAGAGGGCAAGACCGCACAGCAGGAAGCUGAGAAGGAUCAGACCGACGUGAAGGAGACACCAGAGAACAUCGGAAAGGAAACCACCGAGAAGCCACGAGUUGCGCUCCAAGUACCCGAUAGCGUGCAUGUUUCCAUCAAUAAGGACAAUCUCAAGGACUACGUCGGACCGCCGGUCUUCACAUCUGACAGACUAUACGAUGUCGCUCCACCGGGUGUCGCCAUGGGCUUGGCCUGGACAUCCAUGGGUGGUGCCGCGCUCUACGUGGAGUCGAUCCUGGAAAAGGCUCUUUCCGCCAACACGUCCCCUGGUCUUGAACGCACCGGUUCUCUUAAGAAUGUCAUGAAGGAGUCCACAAUCGUGGCUUACUCUUUUGCGAAGAGCAUACUCGCCCGUGAAUUUCCCAAGAACAAGUUUUUCGAACAUGCGCAGAUCCAUCUUCACUGCCCUGAGGGCGCAACACCGAAGGACGGGCCUAGCGCCGGUAUAACUAUGGCGACGAGUCUGUUAGGUCUUGCCCUCAAUACUAAGGUCCGCGAAGGGGUAGCAAUGACAGGAGAGCUUACAGUGACGGGCAAAGUCUUGAGGAUAGGUGGUUUGAGAGAGAAGACAGUAGCAGCGAGACGAGCAGGCGCGACUACGGUCAUCUUCCCUGCUGACAACAUGUCAGAUUGGCUCGAAUUGCCAGAGAACAUCAAAGAAGGCAUUGAAGGCCGUCCCGUCUCAUGGUACCACGAAGUCUUCGACCUCGUCUUCCCAGGACUCGACAAAGACGCCGGGAACAAGCUUUGGGAAAAAGACUUGAAGUCCAAAAAGGGUGAUCGCAAGAGGAAGGAAUACAAGAAGCGUGAAGAUGAUGAGGAAGAGUGCGGAGAAGACGACGAUUGA